AAAACGGACUGUCGCUGGAGAGCAAAGAAGAGGAGAGAGGUGAAAAAAGCAGUGAAAUGGUGUAAAAGCUGAGCAAGUCCAAACCGAGUCAGCGGACAAACGAGGAAGGACGACGCAGGAGGAUUAUUGUUCUUUGUAUAAUUAUUAAUAAAGUCAGUAAACUCCCGCUUUUUGAUGCUUUCCUCACGGAGGUUUGAGCCAAUAACGGACUUAUUGGUCGGCUGAACCAUGCAGAGGCUGCUGCUCCUGAGUUUGCUGUUGAGUUUUCAAACUGUGUGGACAGCAAGGUUCUCUCAGGAGCCGGCAGACCAGUCGGUGGUGCGGGGCCAGAGGGUGAUCCUGUCCUGUGUUGUCUUCAACUACUCAGGCAUUGUUCAGUGGACCAAAGACGGCUUGGCUCUGGGCAUCGGCGAGGACCUCCAGGCCUGGCCCAGAUACCGCGUGCUGCGUGUGCAGGAGUUGGGCCAGUACAACCUGGAGAUCCUGUCAGCCGAUCUGUCUGAUGACUCCCUGUACGAGUGCCAGGCCCCUGAUGCUGCCCUGAGGUCCAGGAGGGCCAAACUCACAGUCCUCAUCCCCCCAGACAACCCGGUGAUCGAUGGGGGUCCGGAGGUGUUGCUGAAUGCGGGGGAGUCCUACAACCUGAGCUGUGUGUCUCGAGGGGCUAAACCGCCUUCUAUGAUCGAGUGGCUUAAAGAUGGUCUGCCCGUGGAGGGGGCUGCCAGUACCACGGAGGUGCUUGCAGACAGGAAGAGGGUGACCACACGGAGCUACCUGCCCAUCCAGCCCGUCGACACCGACACUGGGAGGAACUACAGCUGUGUAGCCACCAACCUGGCUGUUCCCACCGGCAAAAGCACAACCGUCACCCUCAACGUACACCAUUCACCGACAGUGACCUUGUCCAUUGAGCCUCGCUCUGUCCUGGAGGGGGACAGGGUCACUUUCACCUGCCAGGCUCACGCCAACCCUCCUAUUAUGGGCUACAGUUGGGCUAAGGGGGGCGUGGUGCUGCAGGGUGCCAGGGAGAGUGUGUUCACCACCAAGGCCGACCACUCCUUCUUCACCGAGCCUGUCUCCUGUCUGGUUUUCAACGCUGUGGGAAAGACCAAUGUCAGCAUCCUGGUAGACGUUCAUUUCGGUCCCAUUCUGUUGGUUGAGCCGCAGCCAAAGACUGUAGAUGUCGACUCUGAUGUCACGCUCAACUGCAAAUGGGCCGGAAACCCUCCGCUCACACUCACCUGGUUCAAAAAGGGUUCAAACAUGGUUCUAAGCAACAGCAACCAGCUGUAUCUGAAGUCGGUGAGCCAAGCGGAUGCCGGACAGUAUGUAUGUAAAGCCAUCGUCCCACGGAUUGGAGUAGGAGAGACUGAGGUCGCACUCACUGUCAACGGUCCCCCCAUCAUCUCCAGCGAUCCAGUCCAGUAUGCAGUGAAAGGGGAGAGAGGAGAGGUGAAAUGCUACAUAGCCAGUACACCUCCUCCUGAUAAGAUUGUGUGGGCGUGGAAGGAGAACGUGUGGGAGAAGGAGAAGGGGACGCUGCUGGAGAGGUACACGGUGGAGCAGAGCAAACCGUCAGCCGAGGGCGGUGGGGUCCUCUCUACCCUCACCAUCAACAACGUGAUGGAGUCGGACUUCCUGUCCACCUACAACUGCACGGCCUGGAACUCGUUUGGCCCAGGAACCAUGAUCAUCUCAUUGGAGGAGACCGAAGAAGUCCCAGUGGGCAUAAUAGCUGGUGGGACAGUGGGCUCCACCAUCCUCCUAUUCAUCUUUCUGCUGGUCCUCGUUCUGAUUUUCUACCGGCAACGCAAAGGCAGUCGGCGCGGGGUCACGCUGGGUAAGCCCGACAUCAAGGUGGAGACCAUAAACAAGGAGACCCACAGCUUGGAGGAGGACUCCGGCAGCGUGUCCACGGCUUCGCGCAUGGUCAAGGCCAUGUACUCGUUUCUCCCCUCUGUGUCCUUCUCUCCUUCCAAUCAGCCCUUUAAAGAUGACAUAGAGCUCAAGUCUGAUCUCCGCAGCGACACCCUGGACACACGGCAGGAGUAUGACCUGAAGGACCCCACCAAUGGCUACUACAAUGUGCGUGCCUCCACCCACGAUGAAGGCCGUCCUGCAUCCCGCUCCACCUUGCACUACUCUGACUACCGCUCCCCUGCAGGAACACCAGGGGGAGCUGCUUCUAUUAGCAGCAGUGCUGGAGGCUCCGGAGCCACGGCCAGCGGAGGAGCCCCUUGUCCCCCUGGCCCCCUCACCUCCCCUGGCCGCCCCCAGGCCUGCUAUGACCCCCGCCCCCCCUCCAGACUUUCCCACAUCAGCUACGCCCAGUUCAACACCUUCACCCGUGCAGGCCAAAGCCAGCAGCCUCCGCCUAACCCUGCACCCAUGGCCAGCGACUUCCAAGGAGACUGCAGCCUCCUGGACUCUACUUCCCAGCUGGCCUACGACAACUAUGGAUACCCCUCGCAUUACCAGACCUACCGCAUGGGUUUUGCCCCAUCGAGCCUGGCCCCGCUGGAGGCCUGUCCAUCCUAUGAAAUGUACGGGGUGGGAUCUGGGGUGGGACCCGGGGUGGGACCUGGGUUGGGACCUGGGUUGGGACCUGGGGUGGGACCUGGGGUGGGACCCGGGGUGGGAUCCGGGGUUGGCGUGGGUCCCGGGGGUCCUGCUCCCUCGGGAUCAGAGACUGGACUUGGGAAAUACGGCAGCUCCACUCGCUUCUCUUACACCUCGCAACACUCUGACUACUCCCACAGCCGACACACACAGAGGAUGCAGACUCACGUUUGAGACAGAGAGACGCAUAACCACCUCACAGUCUUAGCAGAGCAUGAGGAAGCAUCUUAUAAAUAGUAUCACAUCGAGAAAAAAAACACACACAAUCAUAGACUUACAUUUUCACACAGUACCACAAACCCAGACUGCAGAACUACAGAA